AUGACAGCCUGUCUGUCCCAGCGGCGUCUGGCUCUGUCCAAACUCCCCUCACAGACCUCCUGCCGGAGGAGCAGGACUCCCCACACCUGCUUGUCCCGGCUGGGGGAGGUUUUGCAGGGUCUUUUCCCCUCGGUGGACCGGUUCCUGCAGGCCCUGUCCCUCUCCUCUCCACGCCGCCUCCAGGAGAACUUGUUCGGAGGAAAGUUUCUGAAGAACGCAGCCGAGCUCAACUUCAGCGGCACACUGGGCGAGCGAGGAGCCUUCGGCCAGCGUGUCCUCCCCCCCGUCACACAGAACUUGCAGCUACUCCGAUCCGUCAGUCGUGUGCUGGAGAACCCGGAGUUUCUGUCUGCCCUGAAACACACACUACUGGAGCUCAGACACACACACGCUGCCUCUCUGCAGCAGGUUUUUACCCCUGUACUGCAGUCCUGUUCCAGUCAGGCGACGGCCAUCUUUAUUCCGAGCUGCACGUCCAGUGGUGACUUCCAGGAAGUUCAGUGUCAGGGAGCAGAGUGCUGGUGUGUGGACCCCCCGGGGCGAGAGGUCACAGGGUCGCGGAGCAAAGGUCAGAGGCCUCGCUGCCCGUCUCAGUGUGAGAGACAGCGUGCCGUGGCUCUGCAGGUUAAAGGCAGCAUGGCGGCAGGUGCUGAACUCCACGUCCCAGCGUGCUCCGAGGAUGGCGGCUUCCUGCCACUGCAGUGUAUGGGACCCCGCUGCUUCUGUGUGGAUGAACAGGGAAACAGAACAACUACUGUGGUCACAGGGGGCGCUGUCCGCUGUCCUGAAGAAACAGCAGAGAACUCUCCCAUCACUGCAGGCUCCUGCGCACUGGCUCUCGCUCAGGUCACGUCAUUCAGACAGGAAGUAGAGAGAAUCGUCUCACUCUCUAACUCCUCCCACUUCCCUCUGGGAUAUGGAUUCUUAUUGGCCGAGGGGCUGCGUCUGACCCCAGCGGAACUUCAGCUCAGCCAAUCGGACGUGGAGAAGCAGAUCUCUGAUAGCCUGCUUAGCCGUUCAAAGGCUGCCCUACGAUUGGCUGCCGUCUCCACUUUGCAGAUGUACAGGCUAACGGGGUCCGGGACAGCUCAGCCGCUCAGCUACCAGCCCUACAUACCACAGUGUGACGCACAUGGAGACUGGCUGUCUACACAAUGCCAUGCCAGCACAGGUAAGUGUUGGUGUGUUGAUGAGAAUGGAGACUACAUCCCUGAUUCUCUCACAAGUCAAUCCCUACACCUGCCAAAAUGUCUGAGUCGCUGUCAGAGGGCUCAUGCUCACUCGCUGCUGUCUGGUUGGAUGAAAGGCUCUGACGCCACACCCGCUUCCCUCUACAGCCCACGGUGUGAGAGGGAUGGUCAGUUCUCUGUGCUGCAGAGAGGGGACGCUGCAGGCUGGUGUGUCAGUCCACUGACCGGAGACCCGAUCCAGGCAGCAACACUCAGCCCUGCUGGAGAACUUACAUGUCCCAGCUGGUGUCAGCUGCAGGCAGCUCAGCAUCUUCAAUGUCAAGAUGACAGAUCCUUUGACCCGCUGCAGUGCGACAUCACUUCCUGUUGGUGUGUGUCAGAGGACGGACAGGAAGUACUGGGGACCAGAACGCUGCGCAGCACAGGAAGAACCCCAUUCUGUGACAGACCACUCUGUCCGGAGCAAAUUACCCAUGGCGCACUGCUCUGCCGCCCGGUAGCAGGUGGCCAGCAAAGUUGUGAGUUGGGCUGUCACCAUGGCUACCAGAAUGCACUUCCUGUUGGCAACUUCCUAUGUGAGGUUGCGAGUCAGAUCUGGAAGGGAGACACGCCCCUGGGUGGAGCCUGUCAGAGAUCUCUGGCCUGGCAGACAGUACAGUCUACAGUAGAGUUGAAGGCGUCGGUCUCCUCCUGUCUGUCUCUCAGCAGCAGCCUCCAGUCUCGGCUCCUCAGUGACAUGGCCACCAGGAGGCACUGCUCCCUGCAGUCACCUGUAUCAGACCAGUCCAUGUCAACGUGUGAUGACUCUGCAGUGCGUCUGGAGUGCGACAGUGAUGACACCAUGAGGUUAAAGUUCAGAUGGACGGCUUUUCUCUCUGACCUGCCUGAACCUGAUGUGUUCCUGAAUGAGUCCCGCCUUCUAGCAGGACUGCAGGGGUUUCUGGGUAAUACCCGCUCUGUCCUGGCAUCUGAGCCCCAGCUCGUUUCCAUGACAGCACCAACAUUCGGCUGUUCCCAAGGUUACCACCAUGACACCGAUGGCACAGGAUGUGUGGCGUGCCCUGCCGGUAGUUUCUCUAGAGAGGGGGCGUGUCUUCGCUGCCCUCAGGGAACCUACCAGGAUGAGGAGGGGUUGGACUUCUGCAACAAGUGUCCCAGGGGCAGCUCAGCUACUGGAUCAUCAUCUGUCAGUCAAUGUGUCACUGAGUGCCAGAUAAGGGGUUUACGAUGUUCUGAUGGAGGCGACUUCCUUCUGGCGCAGCCAGACUUCCUGUCCGGUGUCUGGAGGUGUGUCAGCAGCCAGGGGGAGGAGCUAGAAUGGACCAAUAGCAGGGAGCCUCUGUCUGACCAGGAGUGCACGGUCCUCAACAGGUUUGCAUCUGUUCCUGGAUCAGAGGUUGUCGGUGCUGAAGAUGCUGAAGUUCUCUUAACUCAGACCACCGGCCUCAUAACCUGUAUUAAAGCCUGUAGUGUCCUGUCAUCCUGCCACCAUGUGGCGUUGUUCUCAGAGAAUGGACAGACUCAGUGUCAUCUGUACAGCACACACACACGCAACACACACUGCAGCGCCACACAGCAGGCCAGUGGGUUUCUGGGUAAUCCUGAAGCGGAGCUAUUUGAUAGGCUUAGCUGCUCUCUGAGGGUGAAGGGAGGAGCAUCAGACCUGCUGGUUGUCAGGAAAAAAGGUACUGAGUUUUCCACCAAGAGCUUCGAGAAGACGAGGAUGAGGAAGGCCGUUUCCGGGGUCUUCCGUACGUUGGUCUUCUCUUCCCGGGGAACCUCCCUCACCGACGCCCACCGGUUCUGUCAGGACCAGUGCAGUCAGGAGGCCUGCUGUGAUGGUUUCAUCCUCAACCAGAACGUUCUCAGUGGAGGUUCCCUGCUCUGCGGUUUGAUGAGGGCUCCAUCAGUCCUAUUGUGUGAAGGCCAAGACUGGGAUGUGACUGGCCUGGGCAAAGCCGAUCGUGUGUGUGGGGCGGGGCUUAUGUACAGCAAACAGCAGAGGAGUUUUGUCUUUAACUUCGGAGGCCAGGAGUUCACUAUCAAUGAAUCUGCUCUGCCUGCCGACAGCAAAAAUAAGAGCGACUACCAGGCGUCUAUCGUCAACUUCCAGGCUGUCUAUCUCCGAACUGCGUCAGUACAGCACAGGUUCGAGUCCUUGGAGGAGGACGGAGUUGUUGUCGACCCACAGAGGAGCCUCCCUUCUCUCUCCUACUGGCUCAACAAGCAGAACUACAACUCCCAGCAGGCACUGCUCUCGUGUCUGGCACGUUGCGAGGCAGAGCAGCAGUGUUGGAUAGUGGAUGUGAGCGAUGCAGAAUGGGCAGGUUUCCACAGCUGUGUGCUGUUCCCUGACAGCAGGGUGUGUGGAGCCUAUGACAAACCCCUCCGACAGCCCUGCCGUCCCGUGCUGCCCAGGCCGCCAAACAACACCUUCAUCAAAAAAGGGGACCUGUCUGGUCCGGUUAAAAGUUUCUAUGUGCGGGUGUCUUUUCAAAAGAUGGUUUCCUACUCAGUCCGCAGCCGGGUCAACCUGAGACACACAAACCUGUCUGAGAGCUUCAUGGAGUGUGAGCGCCGUUGUGAUGAGGAUCCUUGUUGCCGUGGCAUUGGGUUUGUACGUGACACCAAGAUACCAGGUUCGGAUGUGGUCUGUCUGUCUCUGAUAAGUCUCGGGGUUCAGACAUGUGGCGAGAAUGAAACGACGUCCUGGAGAAGUCAGGACUGUAAACCCUCUUCGGUUCAGACUGCCCCGUACCCCUUCGGCUGGUACCAGAAACCCGUUAACCAGUGGAGUCGUUUUCCCGCUCUGUGUCCCGCCUUCAGUCUUCCUGCCCUGAAGUCCAAUGUGUCUGUGGACCAGUGGAGCCGCCUCACUGACUCAGCGGUUCUGGUGGACCCAUCGCUCUCGUCCUAUGAUGUCAUCCAUGUGAGCCAGGACAUCGCCACCGACUGGGACAGGACCAGAGACUGGUGUCUGCACGCUUGCCAGGAGGUCGAGUCUUGUGCCGGGCUUUCAAUCAGCCAGACAGAGUCCGCGGUUCGCUGUGUCCUCUACCCAGACACCAGAGCCUGUGGCAUUAGCUCCACCCUCAAGUCAUCUAGCCCCGCCUCUUCCUGCAGAAUGGUUGUGAGAGAGCCUGUGUCAGAGGUGUACCUAAAGAAAGAGCGGUCGCCGUUGAUAACGUCCGUCUCACUCCCUGGCCUUGGAACCCUACAAGGUGUCGCCAAGGAAACAGCCCUGGGAGCAGACAGGAAGUCAGUCAUUCAGUACCUCGGCGUUCCAUACGCCCAUCCGCCAGUGGGAUCGCUCCGUUUCAGACCGCCACAGCCAGCUGAGUGGAGCGGCACCUGGGAUGCCACAAAACCCCGGCCCAGCUGUAUCCAGCCAGGUGAGACUGAAUCUGCAGCCUCCAGUGAAGACUGUCUCUACCUAAACAUCUUCACACCAGCCGGCCUGACGGGGCAUGUUCCUGUGUUGGUUUUCUUCUUCAACCCCAUCGCCGAACAGAGCCCAGGACUUCUGGAUGGCGCCGCCCUUUCAGCCUUGGGCAACAUUGUUGUAGUAACGGCCAACUACAGAACAGCUGCCCUGGGCUUCCUCAGUACGGCUGGGCUCCCUGGUAACUACGGUCUGGCAGACCAGCGAGCAGUGUUGCGUUGGGUAAAUGCCCACAUCUCUCUGAUGGGUGGGGACAACAGGAGAGUAACAGUUGGGGCAGAGCGGGGUGGCGCUGAUAUCACAAGUCUCCUCCUCCUCUCUCCCUCCUCUUCCUCUCCUCCUCUCCUCCAACGCAUGAUCCUGAUGGGGGGGUCGGUGUUCUCUCCCGCCACGGUGCGAUCAGCCUCCAGCGCCACACACCAGGCCAUACAGCUGGCCACAGAGCUAGGCUGCGUGACCUCUGACCUUACCAGUGACCCUGAGCACUCCAAAAUUGCCAGCUGCCUCAGACUGAUCCCCGCUGCCACACUCAACGCUGCUCAGACCAAGCUGUUGGCAGUCAGUGGUCCGUUCCAGGCAUGGUCUCCUGUGCCAGAAGGUGUGUUGGUGUCAACAGCAGUCGGUCAGUCUGCCCUCCACAGAGUUGACCUCCUUGUAGGAGUUUCGUCAUCCGACGGUCUGAUCAGCCGAGCAAAGAAGAUUAAGGACUUUGAGGCGUUGCAGGGCAGGACAGAUGGUAAGACGGUGUUCUACGAGGCACUGAGUAACUCGCUGGGUGGAGAAAGGAGCAUCAGUCUAGUGAAGGAGGUCGCCUCCUGGUUCUACUCCCUGCAGCACUCCCCUUCUCCUGCUGGCUACAACCUGUUCUCCCGAGCCCUCAACAACGCCACCAGGGACUUGUUUAUCGUGUGUCCCAGUCUGCAGAUGGCUAGCCACUGGGCUAGCAACAAGGCUAACGUCUUCCUCUACCACCUGCCUGAGAGCAGUGCCCACAACAGUGCGGACACGUCGGUGCCAUUAGAUGCUCAGUUUGCGUUUGGAAAUCUUCAUCAUCCUCUCAACUCUCAGCGUUUCACCUCCACUGAGCGACAUCUCUCCCUGUCGAUGAUGGCUUACGUUUCCAACUUCAUCAAAACAGGAGACCCCAACCAGGCCCAGUCGUCCUCAAGGGUAGUCCCAGGGGCGGGUCUUCCCACCUGGUCACCAGUCCUGCCCUCACCUGCCCCACUAAACUACUUGGAGGUGGAGCCAAACCUCCAGCAGCGCCAGGGCCUCCGGCAGUCAGAGUGCUCCUUCUGGAACCAGUUGGUGCCGAAACUGAGCGCAGCAAAAGUUGAGUUGAAUGAGGAGCCUGUCCGACCGGCAUUGACCCCUGACCUCCCAGUUGUCCAGCCCUCCAGCCAGUCGCAGACCGAGAAGGAUACCUACAGCUAA